UACUAAUGAUUAAUGAAUUAGAUUAAUGAAUUAAUUUUAUAAGGCAUGAGGAGGGGGUGUCCAUGGUGGGUAAGGCACCACUGGAUAUUUUGGAUGGGCCACCUUCCCAAACCCGAAAGCAAAGGUGCAGGACAGGGCCGGGUCAGCGGCCGGUAAAUGAAGUGCUGUCGGUAACGAGACAGUCCCAAAGGGUGGAUUGAUCCGUUCGUCGAUCCCUGCACCAGCAGCAGCUUUUCCUGCUGUUGAUGUCCUAUGGAUGUGAUGCUCUGUCCACAGGAAUGCGGCUCCCGAGGGAUUCACCCUCCAGCCGAGCGCUCGGUCCCGGCACACCGCGCAGGGACGUGGGUGCUGCCAGCCCUCCGCAGAUCCCCCAGACCCGAAUCUUUGUCCCUUCCUGGCCUUUUUCUGCUCCUUUUCCCGCUGUCAUCGGGACUAGAAUCGGGCCAACACUGACAUCAAGUGGCUGCCGGGAUCCCUCGCAUUCCUGAGCUGUCUCCUCUCUCCCUCCUCUCUCCGUGUGCCGGGAGCUGCCAGCGCCGCCCGCCCGGAGCGGGGCCGAGCGCUCGGAGCCGCAGUGCCGCUGUCCGCGGCCGUGCAUCCAGCCAUGCUCCAUCGCCUGACCCCAGCCAGGCCGCCCCGUGUCCUCCCCUGUCCCCGGCAGUCGAUAUCCCAGCGGGGUCGAGCCGAGCGCUGGCGGCACCGCCGAGCCCGGAGCAUCCGCGCAUCCCCGAGCCCCGGGAGCCGGGGGGGACCCCUGCCCCAGGCAAGGGCGCGGUGACACAGCCACGGCGAGGCCGUGGUGACCCCGCCACUGCCCUGGGGACAUUUGUCCCCUACUCCCUGCCAGAGGCCGUGGACUUUGUGCCGAGCCUGGGAGCGGCACUGGGACGCGUCUGGCGGCGCUGGCACGGCCCCAAAUCUCCCCGAGACCUGGCUCCGGACAGCAGCUCCCCAGCGGCUCUGCAGUGACUGGGGAAGGUCAGGCACCCGCAGGUGACCUGGGACAGGAGGGACUGAGCAGCAACAGGCAGAAGGUGCAGAACCCCAGGGAGCAGCUGGAGCAGAGACUCAGCCACUGCCUGUCCCAGCUCGGGGCUGCCAGAGCCUGGGGGACACGUCCAGCACCUGUCCUGACUGUGCCAGCACCCUGUGAGGAGCCAGUGGCACCACCAUGUCCCAGGCAGGAGGAGCUGAGGAGGCCUUUGAACACCGUGAUGUGGUCAUCAACAGCCAGGACAAGGUUUCAGAUCUGUACACACAGCUGGAGAAGCUGGGGGAGGGGAAAUUCGGGACAGUGUACAGGCUGCAGGAAAAGGCCACCAGCAAAAUCCGGGCUGGGAAAUAUUUCCGGACGCGCACAGCGAAGGAGAAGCAGGCGGCUCGGGCCGAGGUGCAGCUGAUGAACCUCCUGCACCACCCCCGCCUCGUGCAGUGCCUCGACGCCUUCCAGGGCCCCAGCGAGCUGGUGAUGGUGAUGGAGUAUGUGGCAGGUGGGGAGCUCUUUGAGCGCAUUGUGGACGACGACUUCGAGCACACAGAGCCCAGCAGUGCCCAGUAUGUGCAGCAGAUCCUGGAGGGGCUGCAGUUCAUGCACGGCCAGGCCAUCGUCCACCUCGACCUCAAACCCGAGAACAUCGUCUGUGUCAGCCCCAGCAGCCACUGGAUCAAGAUCAUCGACUUUGGCUUGGCACGGAGGCUGGCUCCAGGCACCCCUGUGAAGGUGCUGCACGGCACCCCUGAAUUCAUGGCUCCAGAAGUGGUCGCCUUUGAGCCCGUGAGCUUCUCCACAGACAUGUGGAGUGUUGGUGUCAUCUGCUACAUCCUGCUGAGUGGGGAGUCGCCCUUCCAGGGGGACACUGACAUGGAGACACUGAGCAAUGUCACAGCUGCCCAGUGGGACUUUGAGGAGGAGACCUUCUCAGAGAUCUCCCAGCAAGCCAAGGACUUCAUCAGGCAGCUGCUGCAGAAGGACCCCCGCCGGCGGCUCCCCAGUGCAGGGGCUCUGCUGCACCCCUGGCUGCAGCAGCCGCGGCCCCGCAGCCCCCGGGCGCUGCCCAAGGACGGGAUCCGGCAGUUCCUGGCACGGCGCAAGUGGCAGAAAACAGGGAAAGCCCUGCUGGCCCUCAAGAGGCUGACCCUGCUGUCCCAGAGCCUGGAGGGGAAGGCAGCCGAGGCUCAGGAUGAGGAAGGCCUGGAGAAGGAACAGCCCCAGCAAGGUCCUGAGCCCUUGGAGCUGCUGCCAGAGCAGGAGGAGGAGGAGGAUGGUGGGAGCACUGCAGCCUCAGGGCAGUGACAGCCCCAUCCUGGACCACCUGGAGAGGGGGAUGGUGCCUCCAGCAGCUCCCACAGUGACCUGGCCAGCCUGGGGCAGACCCAGACCCCUGUGGGUGAGCUCUGGGGUCCCAUGGUGUCCCUGUGCUGCUGUCCCUGCAAGGAAUGCAGGCACCUGCCCCCAAUAAAGCACUGACAAUCUCUGCA